AUGGCUACCCCUAGUGUCCUCGCUUUUGACGCCGAGGGUCGGGCCAUUGACUUUGACGUCUGGAUAGAUGACCUGCAGCUUUCCUUACAGUGCGAUAGGGCAGACGGUCUCUCUCUCUUUGACCUCAUCUCUGGUGCCUCUCCUGCCCCUGCUGCUGAUGCUGACGCCACUGUUCGCUCACAGUGGGCCACGCGCGAUGCUGCUGCACGUCUUGCUGUGCGUCGCCACCUGCCUACCUCUGAGCUCGCUGACCUCAUUACGCACCUCCGCACUAGUGACACUCGCUACCGCGCUGCGCUUCCUGCUGAGUUCUGCGCCAAGAACCCCCCCCCAAUGUACAUCACUCUCUACUACAUAGUCACCCGCCUCCCUGACUCCCUUCGCGUAGUCAGGGACCACUUCCUCUCACUCUAUCCCACCACUCUCACUGUUGACCUCCUCAAGAAGGCCCUCUUAGCAGCGGAGAAGAGCAUAGUCGCUGUAGGAGCCUCUCGUGGUGACCCGCGCACCCCCAUCUUUGAGGGGUGUUCCCCCUCCCCCCUUUUGCCCUCUGUUGCCUCUGCUGCUGCGGCCGACCUCGUUGGGCUUGAGUCGGUCGGUGCGGCGUCUACCCCUAGCGGGAGACGCCGCCCCGGCAAGGGCAACGGGGGCAGGGGCGCUGGAGGAGCUAGCGGGGGCGGUAGAGGCGGCGGUGGAGGCAGCAGAGGGGGUGGGGGUGGCGGUGGGGGUGGUGGCGGGGUUGGAGGUGUCGGUGGCGACAGUAGAGGCGGAGGCAGCGGCGGUGGCGGUGGGAGCGGAGGUGGCGCGGGUGGCGGCGGUGGAGGAGGCAGUGGCGGAGGAGGUGGAGCUGGUUGGGGUGGCGCUGCGUCGAGGGUCGGCUACGGUGGUGGUCAGCGCCAACAACAGCAGCAGCGCACUCGUGACAUCCCCCCCCCUCUGCAGCUCCGUGAGUGGUACACUGCACUCCAGCGGGGUGGGGGUACUGGUCCGUGCACCUACGUCCUCCGCACCGGCGACCGCACGGGUGAGCAGUGUGGGGGUGCGCACCCCACCCAGCGCUGCUUUGGCCGCCUGAUGGACGCUUGGCGUCACCAGUUUCCGGAGGCCACGGAGAUCCCCCGCUGGGGUGAGCUGUCUAGGGCGGGCGUAGCUAUCUUUGAUCUUGACUUUGAUGCUAUUCUUGCUGCCAUGUAUGCUGUGACUAUUAGUGAUGAGGGGGACUGUUACCGGUGUUUCCCGCCUGACCCGGGCAUUGAGACUGCUGCUCUAGGUGCUGGUGAGGCUGCUGCUCUAGGUGCUAGAGAGGCUGCUGCUCUAGGUGCUAGUGCGUCUGCUUCCUCCGGUACUGGUGAGUCUGCGCUCUCAGGUACUGCGUCGGCUUCGGCCUCCCACACCUUCACACUUGACUCGGGGGCUUCUCGCUCCUUCUUUCGAGACCGCACCACACUCACGCCGCUUGGUCGGCCAGUUGGUGUCUUUCUGGCAGACCCCUCUGGGGGUCCUAUCCUUGCUCACUUCUCCACUGUCCUCCCGUGUCUGACGGCCCCCUCUGGCACCCUGUCUGGUCUUUACCUCCCCUCGUUCUCUACGAAAUUGGUGAGUGGUGCUGACCUACAGGAUGCGGGGGUUCACCAGUUCACUCCUGCGAGUCAGCGGGUGACCCACUGCACGGACGCUCGGACAGGCCGACACCUGGCCACGUUUACACGUCGGCCGAGGUCGAGCCUAUACACACUGACCACUGAGUCUCCUCCUGUCACUGCGUCUGGUCAGGUAGCUGGGUCGGGUCAGGUGUGUCCCAGGUAG